AAUGGAGGAACAUUUUCAGAAGCGAAACGCGAAAAGAAGGAAAUUAGAAGGUGCAAAGAAGUUGGAAGUACUGGAAGUCCAAAAACUUUGUCAAUAGAAACUAUUUCGAAGUACUUUUACAUGCCCAUAAAGAAAGCAGCUAAAGAACUCAAUGUUGGUUUGACGACGCUGAAGAAAAGAUGUAGAGAAUUGGGAAUCAGAAGGUGGCCUCAUAGGAAGCUUACGUCACUUCAAACCCUAAUCAAGAAUGGGAAUGAAGGGAAAUUGAAUGAAGCAAUAGAGGUGUUAGAGAAAGAGAAGAAAAUGAUGGAGGAGAUGCCAGAUUUACAAAUGGAGGAGAAAACUAAAAGGCUACGACAAACUUGUUUCAAGGCCAACUACAAGAAGAGGAAGGUGAUGGUAAUGGGAAUGAUGGAUUCAGUGCAAGAUUCUUGUAGUGGCAGUGGUGGUUCAAUGUAUGAAAAUAAUCAGGAAGAAGAUGAAGAGCUUAGAGCCCUCUUUUCCGACUAUUCUUCCUACAAUACUAAUUUCUGAUUUCUAUUUAUUUUCAUUAGUAUCUGGUUCUAAAUAGCAUGUGUGAAAGAAUAAUAGUUUGUUUGUUUGAAUACAGUAGUAGUGAUGUUCUUGUAUGUUUAUGCAUCGGCAGGCGCACUUGAGAAUCAGUUGAUCAAGUGUUACAGUAUUGAAUUUUUUUUUUUUUUUCUACAAUUAGAUUUGGUUAAAGAGCAAUUCUUAUUUGGUUGCUUCGUA